GUUCUCGCGCGCCGGAAGCGGAAGCGGCGAGUCUCCAUGGCGGCGGCGGCGGCGGCGGCGGCGGGGCCGGUGUUCUGGAGGCGGCUGCUGGGCCUCCUGCCUGGCCGCCCCGGGCUGGCCGCUCUCCUGGGGCGCCUGUCCGACCGACUCGGCAGGAACCGGGACCGCCGGCGCAGGAGGCCACCAUGGCUGUUGUUGGCUCCUCUGCUGUCUCCAGCUGUCCCCCAUGUCAUCUCGCCUCCUUGCUGCCUGUGUCCGGAGGGUGUGCAUCGCUUCCAGUGGAUCAGAAACCUGGUUCCAGAGUUCGGAGUCUCCAGCUCUCACGUCAGGGUGCUUUCUUCACCUGCAGAGUUUUUUGAGCUCAUGAAGGGGCAGAUAAAAGUAGCCAAGAGGCGGGUCGUGAUGGCGUCCCUCUACCUGGGGACAGGUCCUUUGGAACAGGAACUGGUGGAUUGCCUGGAAAGCACUCUAGAAGAGUCACUCCAGGCGAAGUUUCCUUCCGACCUCAGGGUGUCCAUUCUCUUAGACUUCACGCGGGGCUCAAGAGGAAGGAAAAACUCUCGCACAAUGCUGCUCCCGCUCCUGCAGAGGUUUCCACAACAGGUCCGAGUGUCCCUCUUCCACACGCCUAACCUCCGUGGGCUCCUCCGGCUCCUCAUCCCCGAGCGCUUCAAUGAGACCAUCGGCCUGCAGCACAUCAAGGUGUACCUCUUCGACAACAGCGUCGUCCUGAGCGGCGCAAACCUGAGUGACUCCUACUUCACCAACCGGCAGGACCGCUACGUGUUCUUGCAGGACUGUCCUGAGAUUGCGGACUUCUUCACGGAGCUGGUGGACGCGGUGGGGGACGUGUCCCUGCAGUUGCAGGGGGACGACACGGUGCAGGUGGUGGAGGGGAUGGUGCAUCCUUACAAAGGUGAUCGGGCUGCGUAUUGCAAGGCAGCCAAUAAGAGGGUUAUGGAUGUGAUCAACUCAGCCAGGACCCGCCAGCAGAUGCUGCAUGCCCAGACCUUCCACAGCAACUCCCUCUUAACCCAGGAAGAUGCAGCAGCCGCUGGAGACCAGAGGCCAGCCCCAGACACCUGGAUUUACCCAUUGAUCCAGAUGAAGCCCUUUGAGAUUCAGAUCGAUGAGGUUGUCACCGAGACCCUGCUGACAGAGGCCGAGCGAGGCGCUAGGGUCUACCUCACCACCGGCUACUUCAACCUGACCCAGGCCUACAUGGACCUGGUCUUGGGCACACGAGCCGAGUACCAGAUCCUGCUGGCCUCGCCGGAGGUGAACGGCUUCUUUGGGGCCAAGGGGGUGGCAGGUGCCAUCCCGGCCGCCUACGUGCACAUUGAGCAGCAGUUCUACAGUGAGGUGUGCAGCCUGGGGCAGCAGGAGCGGGUCCAGCUGCAGGAGUACUGGCGGAGGGGCUGGACGUUUCAUGCCAAAGGCCUCUGGCUGUACCUGGCAGGGAGCAGCCUGCCCUGUCUCACGUUGAUUGGCUCUCCUAAUUUUGGGUACAGGUCAGUUCACCGGGACCUGGAGGCCCAGAUCGCCAUUGUGACGGAGAGCCGGGCCCUGCAGCAGCAGCUUCACCAGGAGCAGGCGCAGCUCUACCUGAGGUCUGGUGCCGUGUCCUCUGCCACCUUUGAGCAGCCGAGCCGGCAGGUGAAGCUGUGGGUGAAGAUGGUGACUCCGCUGAUUAAGAACUUCUUCUGAGGACAG